AUGUACAAUGAAUUUGUGUCAUUGAAGUUGCUUUCGGUUGCCGAAACACGAUUUGCCUCCACAAUUGUUAUGCUCAAGAGGUUAAAGCUUAUAAAACGUGGUCUUCAAGCAAUGGUAAUUAGUGACAAGUGGAAUUGCUAUAGAGAGGAUGAUGUUGGGAAGGCAAAAUUUGUGAAAGAAAAGAUUAUGGAUGAUGUGUGGUGGGAUUACAUUGAUUAUAUUCUUUCCUUCACGGGUCCUGUAUAUGACAUGCUUAGGGCUUGUGAUACGGACAAACCUUGCCUUCACUUAGUAUAUGAUAUGUGGGACUCAAUGAUAGAGAAAGUGAAGAUGUCAAUUUAUAGGCAUGAAGGGAAAAGAAUAGAUGAGGAAUCUACAUUUUACAAUGUGGUGCCUCAAAUUCUCGUGGAUCGUUGGAAUAAAAACAAUACUCCUCUCCAUUGUAUGGCACAUUCAUUGAAUCCAAAGUAUUAUAGUGAUGAGUGGCUCCAUGAGGAUCAAAAUAGAGUUCCUACACAUAGGGAUGAAGAGGUGACACGUGAGAGGAACAAGUGUUUUAAGAGGUAUUUUGAAGAUAUCACGGAGCGAACCAAGGUGAUAACUGAGUUUGAAAAAUUUUCGAGUUAUGUUGAAGCAUUCUCAGAGCAUGAUUCCAUUCAUAAUAGGUGGCACAUGGAUCCUUAUACUUGGUGGUGUGCAUAUGGUGCAUAUGCACCAUCUCUUAAAAAACUAGCUUUGAGAUUGUUUGUGCAACCUGCCUCUUCAUCUUGUUGUGAGAGAAAUUGGAGUACUUACUCCUUUAUUCACUCAGUGAGAAGGAACAAGAUGGUCCCUCAACGCGCGGAGGAUUUGGUGUUCAUUCAUAGCAAUCUUCGUCUUUUAUCAAGGAGGAGCUCCCAAUACUUGCAAGGAGAGACAAAAAUGUGGGGUAUUGCCGGAGAUAACUUUGACUCACUUGAUGAUAUUGGAAUGCUUGGGAUAGCUAACCUCUCACUUGAUGAACCGGCUAUGGAGGCGGUCCUAUUUACAGAUGAAGGAGAAGAUGGAGGCGGUGGUGAAGAUGUUGUAAUAGUUUCCUCUACUUAG